UCAUGUGCCUGGUACAUCAAAAAAAAAACAGUUCCCCAGUGUCUUUGAAAUACCAAAGUUUCCUAAGGACUUGCAGAAAAGUUUGGAAAACAAAGCGCCAUGUCACAAAAACAGCACUGACCGGCAUAACAUAGUUCGAGUUUUACAAGAGGCAAUGGCACAAUACACACUGUAUCCAUCAAACUGUGACUAUGUGAAUGUGGCCAAAGCUCUCAUCUUAAAGUUUCCCUUCUUGAGAGAUGUGGAGGGCAAUGGAUAUCAUACCUGGCACAUGUCCUUAAAAAGAAAAUUCAAAAGUGAACGUGCUCCCCUUGUCAGUGAUGAAGAGGUAAAGAGGUUUAAAGAACGAUUUGGCCAUGUUGUCAAGAGACACAAGCCACCAGAAACAACUUGUCAAAGAAUUGAUAGUCCAUCGGUCCAGCAACCAGAUGUUGUUGGUGAAGAAUCCAUCUCAGUGGAUGCUCAUGUAAAGAUUCUACAAGAACAGUACCAGAGGACACAACCAGACAAUGCAGUAGUCAAUGAACGAAUGACUCGGACGUUUCAUUGGAGAAGAAGAGAGAUCACACACGGCAUGAUGACUGCACAAGCUAUUGAAAAAUACCCCUUCCUUCGAACAGCCACUGGCUUGUGUCAGGAAGUCGGGCGAAUACACAAAGUCACUGACCUAAAUCUGUGCUUCCGUGAGAACUUCAGUGAGAUGGUUCCCAGUCUGCUGAAGCUGUUGCGAGGAAAAUCUACAAUUGAAAAAGCAUAUGCGGACUCGAGAGGAGAGGCACUUGUUGAAGACACAAUUGGAAUGGACUUUAAAGCUGCACUUAUACUCCUGCCUACAGUCUUCAAAGAGAAGCUGGAGAACUAUAUAUCACUGGGAAAGGAGGAACCUGCCACACCAUAUCCCAUUGUUCAACUACUGGAUUCCUGUGACUGGAAGAAGGUCUUCUGCGAAAGAAGGAAUGCUGCUGUUGUUAAAAUGGAGGGUUUAGAAAUAUGCAGAACUGUGAGUGUGGAGGAUGCCAUUCUUGCAGCAUUCUAUGCCUACUUCACUUUCAACCUGGCCUACCCCCCUCACAUCAGGAAUACGCUAACAUUUAUCCAAAGACAUGUGCUCAAAGUGUCUGAAGCUGGUGACAAGCCACUGCCAACUGCUCUUACUAGGAUCAUUAACCUUUUGGCAUAAUAGAGAAUGCCACAGCCGUAUUGUUGUCCUAUCUGCUCACGCAGAUUUUUCACGUUGUUGAAAUUGGUACAGCAUAUUGGGUUAAUUCACUCGCACCAAUCAGAUUUUAGUGUAAGUUGUGGUCUUGAUAACUGUCAAAGAACUUUUACCAAAUAUGAGUCUUUUAGGAGGCAUGUCUACAGAAAACAUAAAACGCAGAUUUUGCCACAUAUUCAAAAUGAUGCUGAAGAUGUCAGUGGUGUAUCUUCAGAAGAAGUAACUUUAGAGAAAGAUGCUACAGAUGUGCAUGUACUGCCAAACAAAAAGGAAUUACUAACACAUUUCAGGGAGAAUCUUGUUAAUUUCACAUUAAAAUGCAGAGAAAAGAAUGUUCUACCAAAAUCUGUUCAACAGGACAUUCUUGAUGAUAUUAAGAAUUUGUUUAGUGAUUUUAAGGAACACUAUGAUUCCAUAAUUUCUUAUCAUCUCCAGCAGAAUGGUUUCAGUGUUGAAGAUUGUCCUGAGCUAUUGGAACUUUUAAAAUCUGCUGAUUUUUUUGAGGAUGCCUCA